AUGGCUGAUGGAACAACUCUCAACACGGCGUUCGCUCCUCCGCCCCCCCUCUGGAAACACUUCACGCCCGAAAACGUGCGGAAGCUAGAGCAGAUAAAAAAGGAAGCAUCUAAGGGCGAAGAUGGCAAACCACAAAAGAAGGACUGGUCAGCAAAAGAAUUGCGCUCUUUGACACUACCUCCAGAGCUGCGUUUUCUUGUGCCUCCAGAUAUCCCCUCAGAGCAAUACAGUGUUUUUGGAGAAAUGCAAAGUCUUUCCACUGCCCUCCACCCUCUCGAAGACCAGGGCAUCACCCAGCUAUAUCCGUCCUCCCCCAAGCCUGGCGCAAAUGGCGAGCCCGCACCACAGCCUGAACAGCCGCUAAAUCACGCAUACUAUCUCCUCAAAAUCAGCAAGUCGCUGCUGCUCAACUUUCUAGAGUUCGUCGGAAUUCUCUCCCAGACCCCAGAACAAUUUGAGCCGAAGGUUGAAGACAUUCGCAACCUGUUUAUCAACGCUCACCACCUGCUUAAUCUAUACCGACCACACCAGGCCCGCGAGUCCCUAAUUAUGAUGAUGGAGGAACAGCUUAGCCGCACGAAGGAGGAGAUACAGCAUAUGGACAAACUGAAAGAAGAACUCAACGCCGCUUUGGAUCAGUUGGCCGCGGAAGGUGCUGAUGUGGGAUCUACAAUCCAACCCGCUAUUGAAGAUGACAAGAAUGCGGUGAAACUGAAAGAGCAAGCUACUGAGGACUCCCGGCUGCUCUGGGAUAUUAUCGAUGGCAAGGUCGACAGCUGA